CACACACACAAAUAUAUCAACUUUUUUUUAUCUUAAAGACAUGCGUAGGCAUUUUAGGCAAUUCGUAUUUGUCUACAAACCUAAUUUCAAGCAUUUAACUAUUCAUAAAUUCAGUCAUGUGUUUCUAAACGUUUGACUGGUUGUGUAGGCUAUAUAAGUGGGCUUUGGUAUUCCUUUAUUGAGUUGGCAUGUUUUGUUUUUUUUAACUACUGUAUUUUGGCCAAAAAGGGUAAAAGCUUAAUUGCUUUUCUCCUUUGUUCUGUUUUCUUUCACUUUUCCCUUUAUUUCUCGGUGUGUGACCCGGUAAACUGAGCUGCUGCGGGUGAAUUCCAGCAGCGCUGACGUCACGCGGCGCGAGGGUCUCCCGUGAGCUCUUGCGUGAGUGUUUCUCCCGGGACGUCCCGGUGAAGAAGGAGGGGCAGUAGUGGUGUGGUUACCCCCCUGCACGCUUUGACAGUUGUGAGAGAACUGAGUGUGCAAAAACCUCCUAAACACGGAGAGCCGAGCCACGGGAGGCGCGUGCAGGAACUGCGAGUCUCGUGCCAGUGCGCGUUUGGGCACAUGAGUGUUUUUGGACUAUUUAUAAGAUUAUUCCAGCCCCGUCCUCUGAGUUUGGUGGGAAACUUAGUUUUUGGGACGCGCCGGGGGACCAGUCUCUUUCUUUUCCCUUUUACAUCCACGCACGAGCGGUUCAUCUCGUGGACAGGAGUGAUCCAGUAGCUGAUAGAGUUGGUUGUACCUGAGGUGGACACACACACCUGAGCGAGCGACAGAUAGACAGAGAGAGAGAUGUACACAGUGGUCCUGCUCUCCUCCUCUCUGUUUCUCCUGCAUGUGACCUGCACGCCUCAGAUUCACGGUCACCACGGGAGGAGAGUGUGUGUUGGAGAUGCUUGGAGUCGUCGUGUGUCUUACAGCACAGAGUCGUUUCUUCAGCCCGUACACAAACCCUACAUCACCAUGUGCCAAAACCACCGCAUGUGUAGCACGUACAAGACAAUCUACAGGGUUUCUUACAGGCAGGUGAGCAGAGCAGCUCCUAAUUUACACAUUUACCCAGAAUGCUGUCCGGGAUGGCGACGUAUGCAUUCACACAACUGUAACCGAGUGGUGUGUGAGCAGUCUUGUGCAAAUGGAGGCUCGUGUGUAAGGCCUAAUCACUGUACAUGUCCGAGAGGAUGGACGGGACGAUACUGCCAAACAGAUGUGGAUGAGUGUAAGGAAGGUCAUCGCUGCUCACAGAAGUGUGUGAAUACGGUGGGGAGUUAUCGGUGUGUGUGUCAGGAUGGAUUCAGUCUGGCUGAAGAUGAAAUAACAUGUUCAAGAAUUCCUGCUCCCUCCCCGCUGCCCGCCGGGGCUCCAAAAGCAGACGAUCGCUCAUCCAGAAGCCAUGCUGGUGGAGGUUUGGGAUUGGUGGCAAACGUUACCGAAGAAGUUCAGAUCCUUAAAAACAGAGUGGAGCUCCUCGAGCAGAAACUAGAGAUGGUUCUGGCUCCCUUCACCACGCUCUUUCCCUUGGAUGGUGUGGGAGACACUAACAGCUUCCUGCCUGAGAGGACCAACUUCCUGUCGCACUCUCUGCAGCAACUAGACCGCAUCGACUCGCUCAGUGAGCAGGUCGGGUUCCUGGAGGAGCGUAUCGGAGCCUGUGCCUGCCAGGAAAACUAGACAAUCAAAGAUGGGCUGCAUCCUCAAGUGAAACCAAUAUCUGAGAAGUCUAAAUGAACAACCGCAGCACUGAGGGCCUGAACCCUGUAAACAUGUUCAAUCCACUCAAAAAACAUAUAGGAAAACACAAUAUCAAACACACAAACUCCUUUUGGCCAAAAUGGAGUUUUCUGGCCCAUGAGCUGGAGCUUUGAUUGUUUCGUAAUGUUUUUCAGUGUAUUGCUUUCAUUUAAUUCUUGGUGUAAGUGCAGCUGUAUGGUCUCUCCAUGUUUAAGUCUGAGUUAAGAGAAAUGUAAAUUUAUGUAUUUAUAAGUCCAUGUUCUUCUCCUGAGUAUUGCUAUUGGGAAAACAAUACAAAAUUGUAUCACUUUUUUAAACAUUGUUAUGUUUCAAUUUUUGUAAUAAAACUGCUUAAACUU